AUGUCUGUCCAACUCGGAUCAGGGUCGGUCUUUCGACCUGGCUGGAUGCUUUUAAUAUUGGUGUUGGUCGCUUUGCCGUCAGCCAUCGCCCAGUUUUGCACCUUUUGGGACGGUGGCUGCGUCGAUCCUCUCGCUCAGACAGCCAUCAACUUCAAUUUUCCUCCUCUAUUCCUCGAUGAUAUCACUUUGUACUAUGGCUUCGACGCGAAUCCCUCGGGCAAAGGGCAAGAGCCUAUGGUCAAGGCCAGUUUCUGGCUUGCAUACGACCCGCAACGCAUCGACACCUCUGUCAUUACUGCAAAUCGAACCUCCGAAAUUGCUUUCCGGGUAGGAAAUCUCACAGGGACGCCUUCUGGGCCUAGUAACGGCUGCGAUGGUGUUUGGGGUCCCCAAUGUACACACGAUCUGAAGGAGUUGCUCAAAGGGGCCAUCUAUGAACUGACGGUCAGGGGGGACUAUAAGUCCCCUCUUCAAACCGUCAUCAAUCAAAUGCUCGUCAAUCCACCUGUGCUCUCCAAUUGCCCCCCGCCCUUUUUUGACGUGCAAGCAUUGCCUGUGCAGGCAUUCGCUCAAGAGACCGAGCCUGAUAAGACUGCUACGAUACAGACGCCUGGGUUCGGCGGAAGCCCGUGGAAGACGUGGUUCAUCGAUAAUAUGACGUCCAGUCAACAAGCCGAGCAGGUAGCGGUUGCUAUUCUUACCCGAGCCCCGUCUUCCAACGCCUAUUUACUGCACGGCAAGGAUGACAUUAUGAUUGAGCUUGUUUGCAUCCAGGCACCUUCUUCUGGGAGUUCGACGUCCAGCCAAGACGGCUGA